CAACCUCGACCGAUCUGAUCAAAGCUGCAAAACCACAUCCACCGAUACAACAAGCUCGUAGGUGACAACGAAACCGUCGGCCAUGAGAACCUGCACCCUCCUCCUCAUUGUUGUUGCUGUCGUAGCCGUGGUCUUCCCCGUUGCCACGUCUGCCGCGGGAAACUGGUCUCCGAUCGAAGACAUCAACAGCCCGCACAUCCAGGAGCUAGGCGAGUGGGCGGUGGCCGAACACCUGAAACAGGCCAACGACGGGAUCAAGUUCAGCAAGGUGACGGGCGGCGACUACCGGGAAGAAGCCGGCGUGAGGUAUCGCCUCAUCAUCGACGCGCUCAACCGCGACGGCAAGCACGGCAGGUACGGCAGGUACGGGUCUCAUCUUCUUCAGCCCGGCCAACUAGGCGGCGAGACCAACCAGCUAGCGGGAUAAUUGCUCAGUUUUGAUCGAUCGUUCUUGAUGUAAUAAGCUAAUAGUAGUUCUGACUUCUGAGACAGCAGAUAUAUCGUUUCAAGCGAUAUAUGGAAACGGAAAUUUUGGGAA